CGGUUUUUGUUAAAACCGACUCAUGAACUCUACAUCAAUGACUGAAUUGUCUAUCCCUCUCUCCUUUGUUUCUUCCUCUUUCAAUAUCCUUGUUUAAAGCCCUUUGGUUUCAAUAGUCAUGGCUUCCUUCCCUUUCUUUCAGGGGGGAUCGAGUAUGGGAUUGGGGGAUGAGGAGUGGUACUGUACGUUUACAAUGAGCUGUGUUAUUAAGGCACAUUGACUCGGUUGUUAAGGGGCAACCCCAAAACGAGGGGUUUGAAGGGAGGUGAAGAAAGAAGGUAGUGAAGAAUAGUGGAGGAAGAGAUUACUAAAAUAGGUGUGCAGUGAGAGAUAUUAAGGUGAGAGUGAUGUCUCUUUGCGCUCUUGUUCUCUUGUUUGUUCUUCUCUUGGUGCUUCUUCCUCCUCCUCUUCGCUUUUUUAUUUUGGGGGGUUUAGUGAUUGCUUUGGGAUUCUAUAUCUUUUUCACCCAAGUUGGACACCCUAUUUGCCUUUAUACCAAACGUCAUACGUAUAUAUCUCUACGGAUCUGAUUGUGCUUAGAACUAGCCAUAUUCACUUUGUUCAAAGUAUGCGAUUCGCUCGCUGUUAUAGAUUGCCAAAGCUCUUUUGUCUUUAAAAGGGAUUUCCGCGUUUUGGAUCAUUGUUACUCGCAGGUCACAUUUAUACUGCUUCUCCGACCGUUAUACUUUGACUCUGGCUUCGUUAGUUCUUAAGAGGGCCAUACAGACCCAUGAGCCGACUGGUAAACUAUUUCAGCAUUUCUCUACCGCUCUCUCUCAGAGCCGGUACGCGCGAGACAUAAAAGGAAAAAAGAAAAAAGAAACGGAAAGCCGAUCUCCAAACCCACCUGUCCGCUCAAACAUGUCACAGAAACGUCGGCCAAGGAGGCUGAGGACACACGCAGCAGGAUCAAAGACGAUUAUUGGAGCCAAACAACCUGCCGAUAGCAGUCCACACGACAGCCAGACACCCUCAAAAUAUUUGAAGGUCACGAAAUCUAUGAGCAGAUACAGUUUGCAGCAGACUGGUGAAUGUGGGUUAGCUGUCAAUGACCGGACUAGCGGGGAGGAAUGGGAGUGGAGUGAGCUUGUGGACGAGAGUGAAUGGAAGGAAUAUGAGGAAAUUGCCGCCUCGCCGACGAGUGAGGAGAAGGAGUUGGGGAAUAGGGCAAUGAUCAAGCUUGACUUGUUUGCCGAUAUAGAAUGGAGUAAAAACGCAAGGCCGAUAAGGACGCGGCGAACCGAACCAGAUGAUGGUGGCGGGGCCGGGCCGAGCGGCUCACGGAGACAGAGCCAGGAACCUCCUACCACGGAGCAAUCCUCUGCCGAACAACAUAGCUCAAGUUGUCAGGAUAUCCAUUCAAUGCCCGGAGAACCUGGGGAGGCAUCACAGAACAGCCAGCCAGGAGUAGAAGGCAGCAGUGCCCGGGAGGAGAAAAGAGGCUCUGUUUCUGGAAGAUGGAGUGCGAAGACCAAGGCGCGCGGUGACGUCGUCUCGGCCGAUAGCUCCUACGCGAGCAAGUGCGCGGCUGCGUCAGGAGUCAGCAUCCCAUCGUGGAAGACGAACCCAGCACUGAUGGUGGGAAAUGAUGGGCCACGGGGAACUACACCCGCUGCAAAUGAAGCAGCGCCAGCAGCCGGCCCCGGGGAAAAUGUGCCAGUACAAAGGGCUCCUGGUCGGCGGCCUGAGGUGGAUAGGAAUAAAGUACCGGCAAGAUGAAAUCCUGGUGAUUUUUUUUUGAGCUGGGGGGGCUUGCAUGGCUCUAUCUGUUAUUUUGCUGAAGAGGAUGGAUAGUAAGUUAGAUAAUAGUAGGCGAGAGGGAAGAAUGGAGUAGGGUUCAUCGGUGGUAUGAAAAUCUUGGGGGGAGAAUGGGAUGGACUUUGUUUGUCUAUUAUUAUUCUUGGUGUUUGGAUGGAGCUAGUUUGAUUGGAUAUCGUAAAA